AUGUUUACUGUCUGCGCUCCCACCACAGACAUGGAACGAUCGCGCUCUCCACCCCUCAACACUAGUCUCGUUGUCUGUCGCCAGUAUGACCCCGACGCCACCUUGUUGCUCGUGGGCUUCUUUGGCGCUGGCAAAAAAACACUGGGAAUUAUCGCCUCCAUAGCUUUACGACGGCGUUUGGUGGAUUUUGAAGCUUCAUUUCGACAGGAAUUUCAAACAUCGCCACAAGACUAUAUUGCACUGCAUGGUCUGCAGCAAUAUCGCGAGGUCGAGCUCAGACUAUCACAAGACCUACUUGCAAGAAAUGAAAAGGGAUGUGUGAUUGUUGGUCUUGGCUGGAUCGCUAGUCAUCAGCAGCAACUGCUCCUCCAGGAUUUUGCCCGACAGCACCCGGUUGUGUAUGUGAGAAGAGAAGACGAGGAGCUCCGCCAAUUUGUCACAAGCACCCCGGACAAGUUUGAACGCAUCUUUGCGAUGGGCAAUACAUUCUUUGAGUCAUGUUCAAAUUUUGAGUUUUUUAAUCACACGGGACAAAUCACUCAAUCCAGACCUAGGCUUCCGGCAUACCUCAAGCUCAAAGAAACGGAGCGUGUCUUCGUGGAAUUUCUGCAUCGUGUGUUUCGACUCGUCCAUCGACAACGACGUUCGGCGGAUAUAAUGUCUGCUCAGCAUACAUAUGCUCUUCAAAUAUCCCCAGAUCAGCUAAAUUUCGGUUUGGAUCUCGAAGAGUUGGAGUCCGGGGCCGAUGCAAUCGAUUUGCAAAUGGAAUUGGGGGAUAUUUCUCCUCGUCAGUUGCCAGGGAAAAUGGCAAGGUACAUGGCCACACUCAGAAUGCAUACACGAGCUUCCAUCAUUGUGGAUUUAAAGCCUUCAACGCAAUCCAACAUGUCAACCUACAGCGAACUCUUGUGGAUGCUUCUCCGGCUGGCUCCAGAUUUCAUCACUUGCUCUCUAACCUGUGAUGCGGAAUUUAUCCAAAGGCUAAAUGCCGCCAAAGGCCAUACAAGGACGAUUGCAACACACCACCAGCUAACUCCCUUGGCCGGCGGGCCUGUUUCCUCGGACCUUCUUGCUCUCCACAAGCAGGCCCAGAAGCUCGGAUUCGAAGCUCUUCGAAUGACUGGCGAGUCAAGAUCCUUGUGCGACAAUUUGCCAUGCCUCGCCCUUCUCCAAGAGAUGUCGGGAUCCUCAUCCAUUCCGAUCAUCGCAUACAACACGGGUACAUUUGGCCGAACCUCUGUUUGCCUGAACCGAACAUUAUCUCCCGUGGUUCUACCCCAAGUAAAGCCAACUGGCGUGACGCUCAAGGAAGCACAGCAAGCACUCACUUCUUGCUUUCUCAUUCCGGCAAAAACCUUCACCAUUUUUGGCCAAACUACGGGAUACAGCCUUUCCCCCAAGAUGCACAAUGCUGCCUAUACUGCGUGUGGAUUGCCGCAUUUAUACGAUACACUGGAAUCGCAGCAUGUUUCGGAUGUGCGGCGUCUUCUAAACCACGAAGGUCACGGUGGUGUUACCAUCUCUCUUCCAUACAAGACCGAUAUCCUACCUUAUCUCGACGAAAUCAGUUCCGAUGCAAGGGAUAUGAACGCAGUAAACACAGUGGUCUUGGACCAUGUUUACGAUGCUGCUGGAGAACGAAAAACUAUUUGCCGAGGCUACAACACUGAUUACAUCGGAAUCAGAGACUGCAUUCACAAGCACCUUUCUCCCGCCAAUGCCAUCCGAGAUGGGACUACGGCCCUCAUCAUUGGGGCGGGGGGCAUGGCGAAUGCUGCAAUAUACGCCUGCUAUCAACUAGGGAUUCGGAAAAUUUGUAUCUACAAUCGGACGCCUGACCAUGCAGAAAAGGUUGCAGAUUAUUUCCGUCGAUGGGCUGGAUCAAACCCUGAAGAGAGCCUACACAUCAAUAUUCUCCGCUCAACAAAAGAUCCCUGGCCAGCGAAUCUUCGUCUGCCAACAGUUGCCGUUUCCUGUAUUCCAAGUCAGGAAAUAGGAAGCCAGGCUCCGGUGACGUUGCAGGUCUCGGAUGAAUGGCUAGGAAGUAAAACGGGCGGCGUGUUCGUGGAGGUUGCAUAUGGGCCGUCAAAAACACCACUCAUGGAACAGGUUCUCCGGUGGGCGUCAAAGGGAUGGAUUGUCGUAGAUGGGCUCACCGUCUUGGUUGAACAGGGCAUCACACAGUAUGAGCUCUUCACUAAACGGCCUGCACCUAUCCAUGUAAUGCGCCGGGUUGUGCUCGAGCAGUCUAUGGAAUACGGAAUUAGCCACUUUUAA